CUCACAGCGGGUGGAGAAAGGAGGGAGGGAGCGCAAAACCGCGGCUCAAAGUCCAGAGUUCUGUCGCUGCUUCGCUGCGGCUGCUCCGACUUCCUGCGCUCGUGGUUCUAAGCGCGUCCGAACUUCGUGAGGGUUUUUCUGAGCAGGUUCGCUGCGAUGCACGCGCCGCCAGCGGCUGCGUGAAAGCGGUGAGCCGCGGCCCGGCCGGGGACGGACGGACGCCUCCGCGUGCGUUGGAGGAACCGGCUGCAGGAUGUCCGACUCUGCCUCCAGCUUCCUGCACAUCGGGGAUAUCGUGUCCCUGUACGCAGAGGGCACCGUCAACGGCUUCAUCAGCACCCUGGGGUUGGUGGAUGACCGAUGUGUAGUCGAACCAGCUGCUGGAGAUUUAGAGAAUCCUCCAAAGAAGUUCAGAGACUGCCUGUUUAAAGUGUGUCCUAUGAGUCGCUACUCGGCUCAGAAACAGUUCUGGAAAGCCAAACAAGCCAAACAUGAGAAGGACAAAAUUGCUGACGUGGUUCUUCUGCAGAAGCUCCAGCAUGCGUCCAACCUGGAACAGAAACAGAACGAGACAGAAAACAAGAAAGUCCACGGAGACGUUGUCAAAUACGGAACAGUCCUGCAGUUGCUCCAUAUGAAAAGCAAUAAAUAUCUGACGGUGAACAAGCGCCUACCGGCUCUGUUGGAGAAGAACGCCAUGCGGGUCACUCUGGACGGAACCGGCAACGAAGGCUCCUGGCUUUUCAUCCAGCCGUUCUGGAAGCUCCGCACUAACGGAGACAACGUGGUUGUUGGAGAUAAAGUCAUCCUGAACCCAGUAAACGCUGGUCAACCACUUCAUGCCUCCAACUAUGAACUGACCGACCAUCCAGGCUGCAAAGAGGUGAACUCUGUGAACUGCAACACCAGCUGGAAGAUCAACCUGUUCAUGAUGUUCAGCGACCACAAAGAGGAGUUCCUCAAAGGAGGUGAUGUGGUCCGUUUGUUUCAUGCUGAGCAGGAAAAGUUUCUAACAUGCGACGAGUACAAGAGCAAGCUGCACGUUUUCCUUCGAACCACCCUGAGGCAGUCUGCAACCUCAGCGACCAGCUCCAACGCUCUGUGGGAGGUCGAGGUUGUCCAUCAUGACCCAUGUCGUGGAGGAGCAGGACACUGGAACAGCCUCUACCGCUUCAAACACCUGGCUACUGGCAAUUACCUAGCUGCCGAGGAGAACCCUGGCUAUAAAGGGGAUAAUGCUGACCUGUCAUCCUCUAUGGAUGGUGGUCGGAGCAAUAAACGGUCCCAUGGUGAGAGGAUCAAGUACAAGCUGGUAGCGGUUCCGCAUGGGAACGACAUAGCGUCACUGUUCGAGCUGGACCCCACCACGCUGCAGAAGACCGACUCCUUUGUUCCACGAAACUCGUACGUACGACUGAGACAUCUUUGCACCAACACGUGGAUCCAAAGCACCAACGUCCCCAUUGACAUUGAUGAGGAAAGACCCAUCCGUCUCAUGUUAGGAACAUGUCCCACUAAAGAGGAUAAGGAAGCGUUUGCUAUUGUCUCAGUCCCUGUGAUGGAAAUCAGAGAUCUAGACUUCGCAAAUGAUGCCAGUGCCAUGCUGAGCACUGUGGUGGACCAGUUCAACCGGGGCUUUAUCAGCCAGAAUGACCGUCGGUUUGCCCUCAAGCUGCUGGAGGACCUUGUUUUCUUUGUGGCCGAUAUAAUCAACAGUGGUCAGCCGGUUCUGGACGUAGCCAUGAGCAAAGCCAACAGAGAGAGACAGAAGCUGAUGAGAGAACAGAACAUCCUCAAACAGAUAUUUGGCAUCCUGAAGGCCCCCUUUAAGGACCGUGGCGGAGGGGAGGGUCCUUUGCUGCGUCUGGAGGAACUGGGCGACCAGAAAAAUGCUCCGUACCAGUACAUGUUGAGACUGAGCUACAGAGUCCUCCGUCACUCCCAGGAAGACUACCGCAAGAACCAGGAAUACAUAGCUAAGCAGUUCGGUGUGAUGCAGAGUCAGAUCGGUUAUGACAUCCUGGCAGAAGACACCAUCACUGCCCUGCUGCAUAACAACCGCAAACUGCUAGAGAAACACAUCACCAAGACCGAGGUGGAAACCUUCGUGAGCUUGGUCCGCAAGAACCGAGAGCCCAGGUUCCUGGACUACCUGUCAGACCUGUGUGUAUCCAACAAUGUGGCCAUUCCAGUUACACAGGAGCUCAUCUGUAAAUGUGUACUGGACCCCAAAAACCAGGACAUCCUCAUCAAAACCGAGCGUCGCAUCCCAAAGGAGGCGCCUCAUGGUGGUGUUCAGGGAGAAUACUUGGGUAUUGAUGAGUAUGGUGAUGAGGAUGAGGUGUGGCUGGUGUGGACAGACAAAACUAAUGAAAGACAGGAGAAGAGCAUCAGACAACUGGCUCAGGAGGCAAGACAAGGAAACGCGCACGAUGAGAAUGUCCUGACCUACUACAGGUACCAGCUGAAGCUCUUUGCUCGGAUGUGUCUCGACCGUCAGUAUCUGGCCAUAGAUGAGAUUUCCAAACAGCUGGACGUGGAGCUCAUCUUCUUGUGCAUGAUGGAUGAGACCCUGCCCUUCGACCUCCGGGCCUCGUUCUGUCGCCUGAUGCUCCAUGCCCACGUAGACAGAGACCCUCAGGAGCUGGUGACGCCUGUCAAGUUUGCACGCCUCUGGACAGAGAUUCCCACUUCUAUCACCAUCAAAGACUAUGAUUCCAACAUGGACGACAGCAGAGACAACAAGAAGAACCGUUUCUCCAACACCAUGGCCUUCAUGGAGGAGUACCUCAACAAUGUCCUGCAUGAUGACCUCCCAUUCCACAAUGAGGAGAAAAACAAACUGACAUACGAGGUGGUGAGCUUGGCCAGACAUCUGAUCUAUUUUGGUUUCUACAGUUUCUUUGAGUUGCUCAGACUCACCAGGACUCUGCUGGGCAUCAUCGACUGUCGACCACACCCUGGACAGACUGGGCUUCUGUUCAGUGACGAUGGAACAGGAAAGAAUGUGAAUGUGAAGCGCUCCAUACAUGGUAUGGGCCAGAUGAUGUCCACAAUGGUCCUCAACAGGAAACAGUCCAUAUUUGGAGGUGCUGGUGCCAGGGAGGCGGGGCUGGCGGGAGGACUUGUGCUUGAAGGCCAGCGAGGUAGUAAAGACAGUAUUGACAAGAUGGACUUGACCGUGAUGGACACCAAGCUAAAGAUACUGGAGAUAUUACAGUUCAUCCUGAAUGUUCGGCUGGACUACCGCCUGUCCUUUCUACUGUCUGUCUUCAAGAAGGAGUUUGUGGACGUUUAUCCCAUGGCUGAUGCUGACGCCACAACAAACGUUGAGCAUGCAGACGUUUCAGUCAUGAAAACACCAGCCACCAUCAACCUGCAGUAUAUUGGAGAGCAGGCAGAGGCCAUGUUUGGAGUUGGUAAAGGGAACAGUAUCUUGGAGGUGGACGAUGAAGGUGGCCGUAUGUUCCUGCGCGUGCUGACCCACCUCACCAUGCAUGACUACCCUCCCCUUGUGUCUGGAGCCCUGCAGCUGCUCUUCAGACACUUCAGCCAGAGGCAGGAAGUCCUGCACACAUUCAAACAGGUCCAGUUGCUGAUCUCAGCCCAGGAUGUGGAGAACUACAAGCUGAUUAAGACUGAUCUGGAUCGCCUCCGGAUGUUGGUGGAGAAGUCUGAACUGUGGGUGGAGAAGAAGGGCUCAGGAGGAGGGGAUGGGAAGAAGGACAAAGACAAGGAGAAACAACAGGCGGAAGCAGAGGCAUCACCCAAGAAGGAGAAGGGCAACGAGAACUACCAGAAGGUCAAAGAGAUCCUGGAGAGGUUGAACAAAAUGUGCAGCACUGGAGUGUGGAAGAAGCAGCAGAGGUUGUUGAAGAACAUGGGCGCUCACAAGGUCAUGCUGGACCUGCUGCAGGUGUCCUACGACCAGCAUGACGUGAAGAUGCAGGAGAUCAUCAGGUUCACGCAUCUGUUCCUGCAGAAGUUCUGUAUGGGAAACCAGGAGAACCAGACACUGCUGCACAAGAACCUCAGUCUGUUCCUCAACCCGGGGCUGUUGGAGGCCGAGACAGUUAUGCACAUCUUCAGUAACAACUACCAGCUGUGCAGCGAGAUCUCAGAGAGCGUCCUGCAGCACUUCAUCCACUGUCUGGCCACACACGGCCGCCACGUCCAGUACCUCAACUUCCUCCACACCAUCAUCAAGGCUGAGGGCAAGUAUGUGAAGAAGUGUCAGGACAUGAUCAUGACGGAGCUGACGAACGCAGGGGAGGAUGUCGUCGUCUUCUACAACGACAAGACCUCCUUCGGUGUCAUGUUGGACCUGAUGGCGGAGAGCAGGGAGGGAGUCGUUGAGAACAGCCCACUCAGGUAUCACAUCUCUCUGGUGGAGCUGUUGGCAGCUUGCGCAGAGGGGAAAAACGUUUACACUGAGAUCAAGUGUACGUCACUGCUGCCUCUGGAGGACGUGGUCAGAGUGGUGACGCACGAGGACUGCAUCACCGAGGUGAAGGUCGCCUACGUGAACUUUGUGAAUCACUGCUACGUGGACACGGAGGUAGAGAUGAAGGAGAUCUACACGUCCAACCACAUCUGGAGACUGUUUGACGACUUCACGGUGGACAUGGCUCGGGUUUGUAACAAACGAGAGAAGCGUCUUUCUGAUCCCAUCCUGGAGAAAUACAUCAUCAACGUCGUGUUCGACACCAUCACUGCCUUCUUCAGCUCCCCGUUCUCUGAAAACAGCACCUCACUGCAGACCCAUCACACUAUCGUGACUCAGCUGCUGCAGUCGUCUGUGCGCCUGCUGGACUGUCCCUGGCUGCAGCAGCAGCACAGAGGACAGGUGGAGACCUGCAUCAGGACCCUUUCUUUGACAGCCAAGAGUCGUUCCAUCUCUCUUCCUCUGGAACUGGAGGCUCAGAUCAACACCAUGUCGUCUACUCUGACUCACUCUCAGACCCGUUCUAACACAAACUACAAAUCCUCCACCAGAACUCCCAGAGCCAUUGCACCCAGCAAUCCCUGGGACUACAAGAACAUCAUAGAGAAACUACAGGACAUCAUCAACACUCUGGAGGAGCGUCUGAAGCCGCUGGUCAACGCUGAGCUGUCGGUGUUGGUGGAUGUCCUGCACCAGCCAGAGCUCCUGUUCAUGGAAGGAACUGACGCACGGCAGCGCUGCGAGUCCGGAGGCUUCAUCUCCAAGUUGGUGCAGCACACCAAGGCUCUGAUGUCUUCAGAGGAAAAGCUGUGUAUCAAAGUCCUCAGGACGCUGCAGGAGAUGCUGAUCCGGACUCUGGACUUUGAUGACAAGGGAAUCGCACUACGCAAAGUUUUACUGCAGAACUACUUGUUUCCGAACAAGAAGAACAACCAGAAAGACAACCUGGCUGAACUCGGAGUUGCAGGUGGGGAGCAGGAGCGAGACUGGGCGGCGGUGGCAGCGGUUCAGUGUCGUCUGGACAGAGAAGGUGCGACGAAGCUGUUCACAGAUCUGGUGAUGAGCACCAAGAAUGACAAGAUCUUCCAGGAGAGCAUUCAGCUGGCUAUCUGCCUGCUGGAGGGAGGAAACACAGAGAUACAGAACUCCUUUUACAAACUAAUGAUGGGCGACAACAAGUCAGAAAAGUUCUUUAAGGUUCUGAACGACAGGAUGAAAGAAGCUCAGACCGACAUAAAGGCCACAGUGUCUGUUAAUGUGGGAGAGAUGACCCAAAAAGGGACGGCGCUGGAGCCUGGCGGCUCUGAGACACUCGUCCUCCCUGCCUCAGGAGGUCACCCGUUACUGGUCCAGGGUCAGUCCGUCGCCCCAGCAGCUUCUGCCCUCCCUGCUCAGCCACCAGCAGAGCAGAGGGAGGUGGAGAUGGAGAUGGGCCCAGCUGUUACCAUCAUGAAGCCCAUCCUCAGGUUCCUGCAGCUGCUCUGCGAGAACCACAACCACGACCUGCAGAACUUCCUGCGGUGCCAAAACAACAAGACCAACUACAACCUUGUGUGUGAGACUCUUCAGUUCUUAGACAUCAUGUGUGGGAGCACCACUGGAGGUCUGGGCCUGCUGGGCCUCUACAUCAACGAGUCAAACGUCCACCUGAUCAUCCAGACCCUGGAGACGCUGACCGAGUACUGCCAGGGCCCGUGUCAGGAGAACCAGACGUGUAUAGUGACGCACGAGUCAAACGGCAUCGACAUCAUCACAGCUUUGAUCCUGAAUGACAUCAGUCCACUGUGCCGUGAUCACAUGGAGAUGGUUCUGCAGCUGAAGGACAACGCCUCCAAGCUGCUGUUGGCUCUGAUGGAGAGUCGUCACGACAGCGAGAAUGCGGAGAGGAUCCUGUUCAACCUGCGGCCACGAGAGCUGGUGGAUGUGAUAAAGAAGGCUUACCACCAGGACAGUGAGUGUGAGGAGGUGGAGGUUUCCCCGAGGGAGGUGGGCCACAACAUCUACAUCCUGGCUCAGCAGUUGGCCAGACACAACAAAGUCCUGCAGAACCUCCUGAAACCUCUGAAGAAAAGCAAAGAGGGGGAGGAGGGGAUCUCGUCCAUGCUGAACCUCAACAACCGCCCUCUGUCCCAGAUGCUAAAGUCCUCGGCCCCAGCAGCUGUGGUGGAACAGGACCCGCUGGAGUACUACGAGCAGCUGACAGCUCAGAUAGAGAUUGUGCGUGAGGAUCGCAGCAUGGAGCAGAUUGUGUUUCCUGUCCAUCCCAUCUGUGAGUUUCUGACCGAGGAAUCGAAGUUCAGAGUGUUUAACACUACGGAGCAGGAUGAGCAGGGGUCAAAGGUCACACACUUCUUUGAGCAGACAUCUUUCCUUCAUGGAGAGAUGGAGUGGCAGAAGAAGCUGAGGAGUAUGCCAGUGUUGUACUGGUUCUCCAGAAGGAUGUCUCUGUGGGGAACCAUCUCCUUCAACCUCGCCGUUUUCGUCAACCUCAUCAUCGCCUUCUUCUACCCCUACAACUCAGGAAAAGGAGCCAUCGACGACUCCCUGCUGCUGAUGCUGUUCUGGGUCCUGACCGGUCUCUCCGUCCUGGGCUUGUUCUCUCAACGUUAUGGCCUCCAACCGCUCACAUUGGCUCUGAUCCUCAGAUCCAUCUACCACUUCGGGAUUGGCAACACUCUGAUCCUGCUGGGUUCCCUCAAUCUCAUCAACAAGGUGGUGUUUGUAGUGAGCUUUGUGGGGAACAACGGGACCUUCAUCAUGGGAUACAAAGCCAUGGUGAUGGACGUGGAGUUCCUGUAUCACCUGGCUUACGUCCUCACCUCCACGCUGGGCCUGUUCGUCCACGAGCUCUUCUACAGCAUCCUGCUGUUUGACCUGAUCUACCGGGAGGAGACGCUGUUUAACGUCAUAAAGAGCGUCACCCGUAAUGGACGCUCCAUCCUGCUUACGGCGCUGCUCGCUCUCAUCCUCGUCUACCUCUUCUCCAUCGUCGGCUUCCUCUGCCUGAAGGAGGACUUCAUCAUGGAGGUGGACCCGCUGCCACAGAUCUCUGCAGCCUCUCAGGGUGAAGCCUCUGAGGACUUCCUCAAGUCGUGCUCCGCGGACGGAGUCAGCUGCAGUGUGGAGACAAGCGCUGCCGCUGAGGAGGAAGAGGAAGCGACCACGGAGCGAGCCUGUGACACGCUGCUGAUGUGCAUCGUCACCGUGUUGAACCACGGACUGAGGAACGGAGGAGGCGUGGGGGACGUUCUGCGCAAACCAUCCAAGGACGAGCCGCUGUUUCCAGCCAGGGUUGUGUACGACCUGUUGUUCUACUUCAUUGUUAUCAUCAUCGUCCUCAACCUGAUCUUUGGCGUCAUCAUCGACACGUUCGCCGACCUGAGGAGUGAAAAACAGAAGAAAGAGGAGAUACUGAAGACAACAUGUUUCAUCUGCGGUCUGGAGAGAGACAAGUUUGACAACAAGACAGUGUCGUUUGAAGAGCACUUCAAGCUGGAGCACAACAUCUGGAACUACCUGUACUUCAUCGUGCUGCUGCGAGAAAAGAACAAGACGGACUACACGGGCCCCGAGAGCUACGUGGCACUGAUGAUCAAGAACAACAACCUGGAUUGGUUCCCACGGAUGCAGGCCAUGUCUCUGGUGGUGACAGACGGAGAUGGCGAACAGAACGAGAUGAGGAUGUUACAGGACAAACUGGCAUCGACCAUGAAGGUGGUGACGACUCUGACGUCUCAGCUGACGGAGCUGAAGGAACAGAUGACAGAGCAGAGGAAGAGGAGGCAGAGGAUGGGCUUCGCCGACGUCCAGGCGGGAGCCAGCGGCGCCGUGCCUCCUAGCGCCGGGGGAGGAGACCACCAGAUGAGCCGUCGCUGAGCGCUGUGCCCCAUGCAGCUGGACUCAUGAACACAAGCAUGUCACAAAACACUACAAUACACGCUGAUGAUGAUGAGGAUGAUGAUGUUCAAGGCUGAAGUCACAGCACAUUUAGUUUCUUGUCACGUCUGAUCAACACCAGUAAAUUGUUGGUGUAUGAAGCCUCAGUAGGAGUCAUGGGGUGUUUAGCUACGUCUUUAACUCAUUGGUUUAGGUUCUGGUCUCUGGCCUCAGUGUCUUAUUGUUUAGAAACAGGAAUUAUUUAUUUUAUAAAAUUAAAAUGUGAUAUUUUAGGACUGUGUGAUCUAGCAUUACAAUGUGCUGAGCUGGUGCUGGGUUGAAAUUAGAAUGUAGAAUUACUGUUGGACCAGAAGCAAACUGAUUAAUGUCCUCCCUCAGUGAUUGUACAUUAGAUUUUCUACAUGAACGAAAAACCCUACGAUGACGUGACUGAGGACGAAUCAGAGGCUUCAGGACAACAGCCAUUACUACAGUAGCUUUUGCUUCCUUGACGUGUUUGUCACUUACUAUAAAAUAUAAACCUGUAUAAAGCAGUUAUUUCCAUGUGAUUCUAUUUAUAGACACACAGUUUGACAGCAGGCUUUAUAGAACCUUUACUGAUGUCUGGACCAACGAAGGGAAUGAAGCCAACGCACCAUGAAGAUGAACACGUACAGUACCAUGAAGAAGCUUCUCGCUGUGUCGAUUCUCUGGGUUUAGUUCACGUUUAGUGCAGACUUUGAUAUGAAGCCUGGUUCUGUAUUGGUUCAUGUUACAAAAUACACAGAUGUUUGGAUCACUAAAGAAACAAAAUGUGAUAACAGUCUCCACUGUAACGGGGGAAAUACUAAACGUGUGUCAAUGAAGUGAUGAAAAGGAAAAUCUUGAUUAAUUAAACCUGAUUAAUAAAA